AUUUCAUAUCCACUGGUUUCAAGGUGAUACAAUCAGCCUGCAGAGCCCUAAGCGGAUCGUUACCCUCUCAAGUAAAAACAGCGUUGACUUUUACUCAUUUUUAGUAGUAAGCUCCUGGUGAGUAUUUUUAACCGAGAGAUUUUUUUCUUAUUUUUUUUUAAAUUUUUUUCCAGACUUUCAACCGUCUUUGGGACUUUUUGUUUUUAUUUUUAAUGCAUUUUUCCUGGCUGGUAUUCCUGAGACUGUGUUGGUUUUAUAGUGGCGUACAUUUUGUGAUGGCAGUAUGAGCUGCGCAGAAACUAGUUUUAAGUAGCUUCCACAGCAAGAUUUUUGCCUUUAUUUUUCGAAUAAGACAUUUUAAAACCUCCAUUUUUCAGGGCUGCUGUGUUACCUUAUUGUUUAUCUGAUUGUGGUCGUAUUUUCGCGGAGAGAAAGAUGGAAGACUAUUCCAGUCUUUUCUGGACAGUGUUCAAAACGGGUCUCCCUUUUUCUGGAAAUAUGUUUUUAAAACGCUUUUUAUUCCCCUCCUGUGUUUUGCCCCCACCUGUAACUUGAUUUGCAGUGGUUGACAUUGACUCUUAAGACUUGUUUUUCCUGUUUUCUCUGUGAUUUUGGCAGUGCUGAGACAGUAUAUUUUCUGCAGCAAAUCUCUGAGGAAUGAUGUAAUUUUUCAGGCAAGAUGUUUUUCCCCAAGGAGAAGUGGGUGCGUUUUUUACGGAACAUUAACACAACGGUGUUUUGAUGUACUGUGCAGUCAUGUACCUGGGAAUUCUGUAGCAUUGGUUCGACAUAACUUGUGCAUUUAGUAAUUCUGGUAUAAUCAUUAAAGUUUAUUUGCAUAUUGAGAAACCUAUUCAUUCAGUAGCAGUUUAUUCUGCAUUGUGGAGCUGCUUAGACCCGGGAGGAGGGCCUACAGAGGGGCCUGCAAUGAGCUGUAGUCAGGCCAACACCUCAAAAUUGCUCUGAUCCUUUCUUGAAUUUUAGUGCUUUCUGACUGAUCAGUUGUAUUCAUGUCUGUAAAAAGCUCCUAAUCUAAUCUGCCACAAAGUUUUCAGUGGGAAGGCAGGGUAGACUUCCAGUUGAUGAUGGCCCCCCCAAACUGUAAGUUCCCUGUUUUACCCCCUACUGUACCUCCCCCCCCCCACACACACCUCUGUGUGGUAAACCCUACACCGUCCUCUGGAAGUGUUGAAGUGUCCUUGAGCAGGAGUCCCUCCAGGCUCCAGGGGCGCUGUUCUGCAGCCGACCCUUUACUCUGGCCUGUCACAAGGAGGGCAGGCAGGAGGAAAGAGUGGGCUGGCCACCUAUUCCCCCAGACUGAUGCUCUGCUGUGCACUGACACCAAUGUCUGAUAGUCUUCUGCUUAUACUGUUUAAUUUCAGUUUUCAUAUCUGUAGAGGUCAGAGACAAAUAAGCAGGUAGAGGUUUAUAGACAAACUCUUGAUACUUACAUCCAUUCCAUUUGUUCCUCUUGCUUAACUAUUUGAAUGGGUAUUCGAGCCCCUAGCAGUGCUAUACAAUAUCAACUGAGCUGGCAAAAGACACGGCAUUAGUGGUUUCAUUUUUAAAAGUAAAACCAAAUUUGUAGUUUAAAUAUCAAUAACUAAAUAAUCAAAUAGUAAUAACUAUCAGUUCUAGCAUUAGAGGUAAAACAAACCAGUACAAGAAUAGUAUGAUACAAUGUGACCACCAACCGUUAAUUAUUCAUUUAGUUUUAAGUGUUUGUUCCCCGAAACACUUAUAACUUCAGUGUUGAAAACAUUCUUAUUUAUUAACUUUUACUUUUUUUGAAUCGGUUGGGCCAAACAAAAAACGAUUUCAUUUUAUUUCAUCAGUUUGUAAAUUCAAUUUCAAACAAUUUUUCUAUUCUUUUACUGUUUGAGUUGAAAAUGAAUAAACAUUUUAGCGAUGUGAAGUAGACCCUGCCAAAAUAAGAUCUGACCUAUAACUCGAUACUUAGCAGUGAUUUCUUAGAGAGCAGGUCAUAGUGGGAGUGUGCUAGGGGAUUUAUAAUUGGGAAGUCUUUCGUUUUUUUUACUUAGUUUUCAUACUUUGCCCUCCCAGUUCCUCCCCUGCUUGUUGUAAUAACAGUCCUAGUUCAUUUUAGAAGGGUUUCUUUUCUAAUAUUACCUUUUUGUUUCCCCCUGUUUAGUUUUUGAAGCCACUUUUUUGAACAGCGGCAAAUCGUUUUUAUUUUUAUUUUUAUUUUUUUUUUUUAUGGCCACCUCCAAUUUUUGAAACAUUUUAUCUACCACCUCCUGACCUGCAGCCACUCCCCCCAACUUUUAAGCAGCUCUUGGGUUCCCCCAGAAACCCAAGUGUGUCUCCCCACAGUCACUGACUCCAUCUCUCAUAGUUCCUCGACGACCCUCUUCUCUCCAACAGAGUCAGACAGGCAGGCAGAGCUCCACCGACCCGAGUACAGACACAAUGGAUUGGUCGUCGUCCUCCACCUCCAGCCUGAUGGCCAGCAGCAACGUGACCAACAAGACCGACCCCCGCUCCCUCAACUCCCGCGUCUUCAUCGGCAACCUCAACACCCUGCUGGUCACCAAGGCCGACGUGGAGGCCAUCUUCUCCAAGUACGGCAAGAUCGUCGGCUGCUCCGUCCACAAGGGCUACGCCUUUGUGCAGUACGCCAAUGAGAGGAACGCCCGGGCCGCCGUGGCCAGCGAGGACGGCCGCAUGAUCGUGGGACAGGUCCUAGGUGAGGUGGAGGGGGUUAUGGAUAUCAACCUGGCAGGAGAGCCGAAGCCUCACAGAUCCAAGACUGUGAAGCGUUCGGCGGGAGACAUGUACAGUUCGUCUUUCGAUUUGGACUAUGACUUUCAAAGAGAUUACUAUGAUAGGAUGUACUCCUACCAGUCCCGGGUGCCUCCUCCUCCUCCGCCGCUGUCCCGCGCCGUCAUCCCCUCAAAGCGCCCCAGGGUCAGUCUGAGCGGCGGAGGGAGCCGACGAACCAAAGCCAGCUUCUCCUCCUCCUCCAAAAGCAGCCAGAGGAACUCACGUACGAUGAAGGUAGACGAUCUGCAGACCAUCAAGAGAGAGCUCACACAGAUCAAACACAAGGUGGACUACCUGCUGGAGAGCUUGGAGCGCAUGGAGAAGGACCACGGCAAGAAGUCCGACAUGAAGAGCUCCAAACCAGAGCCCGGUGAAGUGUCCCCGCUCCACUCAUCUACCUCCAGCAAGAAGGAGGACAGCCUGAAACGGGACAGAGAGAGCCAGGAGCUGAACGACUCCGAGGACGAGGGAGAUCUGCUGGAGGACGAAAAUGAGAUGAAAAGCAGAGGGAGACACGAGGAUGAGGAGGAAGGCGAGCAGGAGGAAGGAGAGGACGACGGUGAUAGCGCCAACGGAGACGAGUCAUAAACACUACACAGGCAGGCUGACACACAUGCACAAAACUAUUGUGUGUGAUUGUGUUUCCACAUCAGACUUGUACACAAUGGUCAAUGUGCUCAUAUCUGCUGAAUUGACUGGACAUUUAUAUACAGUGUAUUGUAGACAUUUCCCUCUGUCACAUAGAUUCACAAAAUCAUAACUAUGUCAAGUUGUUUCCGGAUUUAGUAAAUAACUUUUCUUUACUUUUUUUCUUCUGUUUUAUUUUAUUUGAAUUUUAACAUUUAACAUUUUCUGACACUGGAUAAAAACAAAAUGUGUUACAUUUAGACAAAAUGUCAGUUCAGUUAACCUGUUUUACAUUUCCAGUAUAAACAAAUUGAAGGAAUGUGAACCAAGCCCGUAUCAUUUAUUGAUUUUAGAUUAGUGUGUUGAAUUGUUACCAAAAACUGAACAAACUAUUAUUUGGCAGAAGCUGAUAUUUAAACAAAACUGGAAAAAAAAAAUUUGCUCAGGUGCAACGGUUUGAUCAAAGCUCAGUCUUGAAAAAAAUGUCAAAUAUAUUCCCGAUCCAGCUGCUGUACAGCUGCCUCCUAACCAGCAGAUGGCAGUGUGUCAUAGAGAGAACAUAAUAACUUACUUCUGUCCUUCACAGAAAAUCCUCACCCUCUGCUUGUCAGAUAACACGAGCAUGUUGAAAAUACCAUGUCGGACUGCGCAAAUGCUCCGACAAAAACCCUCAUUACUCUGAAAAUACUUUUGUCUGUUGCAGAGGUGUUACGACCUUAAUCGACCUUGACUUGUGUAAUGCAGUGCUACUCCAUGUUUGUCUGUUUCUGUUGAUGUUCUGUUUGUCAUUCAGCUGCACUGGUGAAAGUGAAUAAACAUAUUUUCCAAGUUG